AUGCGAUGCGCGAGCAAGGCCGCCGAGAGCGCGUCCGCACGUCUCUGUGCGGACGCCGAAGCAGAAACCACAGCAACUGAUGUCUCAUCGGUUGCUGAAGCGACUCAGCCUGUGUCACUUGGUGAUGCAGGCGCUGGUCUUGAGGACACUCAUGUCUUCACAGAGUAUGAGCUCGGUGUCUCGUACUCUCCUGAUACGGAAGACGGAUCCGUAUUGACGGCGAUUGAAUCCAAGCCGCCUGCCAAGCGUGGCAUGGAUGAUGCUACGCGUCGUAGCAUCUUUGGUUCAUCUGAUGAACCAGAUGAACCAUCGCCGAAGCGUAGGCGCUCGAGGUCGCAAGACUCGGGCGCUCACAGUGGUGUCGGUUCUCCUAUUGACACCACUUCGCUACGAGGUGCCAGUACUUCUGUCGACACGUCGCAAGAAGAGCGGGACCACAGUGUGUUGCGUCUCGCUUCCGAGAAGAAGGCAUGGACGCCUCCAAAAUCAGUCAUGGAUCACUUGUCGGCGACGACGAGUGAUCGUUAUCGAACACGAUUGUUCGAUUCGUCAAGGAUCCAUCACCUUGACCCCAGCGCGAAAAACUAUCGCGCUGAACAUGAAUUCUUCAUCGAUGCUUUCUUUAGACAUCGAUGGUACAGUAGGAAUCACAAGCGUGAUGGUCCCUCACUGCUUCAGGCGUGGAACGCCUACAUCCAUAACCUUGAGGAUGUAGGUCGUGACGCUUGGAACGACAAACUUAUCAAAGCUCGUGAUAAGUUUGAGAAAAGAACCCCGACAGGUGCACGCUACAAGCUGCAUCGUCUGUCAAGGAAGAAGGGAUUACCCUGCCUCUCUUGGGGAGACUCGUGA